AAAUCAUUUUGAUUGAUACAAGUCGAGCUGUCUUUUUGCUGUAAUAAUUUGACAUCUUUAACAUAUAUAGUAUAUACGAUCCUGCCUGUCUCUCCAGCUUAUCUUUCGCUAGCAUCAUCAUCAUAUCGGCAGAUACACGAAACAUAACAUAAAAGGUCACCCGAUCUCUCUGUUUCUCAUCUAUCUACAGGCUUCUCUUUGACAGAUUUGAAUCAAAUGGAGGAGGACCGAAAAGAGAAGAACUCUCCAUGGCUAUCUGUGCCACAGUUUGGUGACUGGGACCAGAAAGGAGGAGGAGGAGCAAUGCCUGAUUACUCGAUGGAUUUCACCAAGAUCAGAGAGAUGAGGAAACAAAACAAGAGAGACCCUUCUCUAGCUAGUUUCGGCAACGAAGAAGAACUCAUUAAGCCACCCGAGUCAUCAGCACCAAUCUCUAAGCUCACCACUGUCCAUAGUGAAAACAAACGACAUUUCUCUCCUGACCACCCUCACCAACCACAUUCCCCUUCUGCAAGGAGAAGCAUCUUCAGCUGCUUCAACUGCUGCGUCAAAGCUUGAAGGGAUUCUUCUCUAUCAAAUAUACAUAUUGACUUGUCAUCCAAAUAUGGAAAAUGAAUGUGAUUGACUCUUUCUUUUAUAUAUGUUUGAAUCCA